UGACUAUUAAAAUCGUUGUUAUCGGUGGAGAGGCACGAAAUCUGUGACGGUGCACAUGUUGUAAGCAGUCUCAUUUUUUUAAACGUGUUAACAGCAUAUUAUUUCCACCGCUUUCUUCUGAUUCUAUUAAUACUUUAAUGAUAUAUGCCCUUAAACACGAUGCUCAAUCGGAAAGGAAGAAAAAUGUUUUAAAAAAUAACGAUUUAUAUGGAAUAAUAUUUCCAUCUGUUUCUGCAAAGCUCCCGCCCUUUCAUUCGACAGUUCAUGCUUACACGCUUAUUUUGGAUUUAGAUGAAACAUUAGUAUAUACUGAAUUGGAUUCAAUUUUACCAGAAAAGCCGAUUGUUCAUGAACGUCCUUUGCUUCGUGAAUUUUUGUUUUUUUUGAAAUUUUUACCAGUAGAAGUCGUAAUUUUUACUGCAGCAUUACAGAAUUAUGCGGAUCCUUUGUUAAAUGUUAUGGACGCGUCAACAUCGACUAUUCACUAUCGUUUAUAUCGUCAGCAUACAUCUAUUUUGUCAGGACGUCGAUUUAAAGAUUUAUCGUUACUGAAUCGUAACCUUAGUAAAACCCUUAUUGUUGACAAUCAUGCAGACAUGUUUUGGGCUCAACCAAAUAACGGUGUUGUCAUUUCUUCAUGGGAAAUUCAAAAGUCGUUUUUGCAUCCAUUUAUUAAAGGAGGAACAUGGUCAAGAAAAAAUGAUGUUGCUUUGAUUAACUUGUUUUUUUGGAUUGAGUAUUUAUGUUUAAAAAAAAUGAACGUUCCUGAUUUUUUACAAUUAUACCGUAAACCUAUUCAAAAAUCUUUAAAAGACACCACCGUUUUUGAAAAUAUAUAUAGCUAUCAACUUCCUUUUCCUAUCGGGAAGUAUUCUGCUGUUUUUUUGCAACAAUGUUUUGAUGUCCAAAUCGAAGAUUCAAAAAAAUGUCAAUGCUAUUUUCCAACAAUUCCUUACUGGUUAGCAAAUCUUUUCACGAAGCGCUCAUAAAAAAAUCAUUUCCUAAUAACAUUAUUUGACCCCGUUAAUACUUUUAAGGAAAGCAUCACGUUGAACAUUAUCACAAAUUCUUUUAAAAUGGAUAUAACGAUUUCUUUUUUUUAAAUAGAUUUAAAUGGACGAUUGAGUCCAUUUUUAUUAUGACGUUUUCUUUUUUUUUUUUAACUAUUCAUUUUUAGAUAUUGAGAUUGGAAUUUUAAUACUCUAACUGACAUAAAUUACAAUUAAAGAUAAUAC